CCCCCCCCCCCCCCCCCCCACAAGUACAACUGAAGAAAAAACCAAACAACCCAUCUUUUGCUCCUCUCUUCUCUCUCUUUCUCACGAUACGGCGUCGUUUUUAUCCAUGCCGGCAGGUCCAAGAUUCGAGCUUGAGCAGUUAAGCGACGCCGGAUUGUCUCGAAUGCGUCAUCGCCGGAGCUCCGGUCGGUGAGAGCGAUGGGGUGCGUUUUCGGCAAGAGUUCCGGCGGAGGAGGUCGUAGUCGGCGGCAUCGCAGCCGGAGUGUCGAGGAGCCGUCCGCCGCCGUCGCCGUCGUCACCGGCGGAGGGGUCGUUAGGGAUAGGAAGGAAGCGGUGGAGAGGCAGAGAGUGAAUCAUCACACCGGCGACUUUCCGGUGGUUGAGCGGCGGAAGCCGUUUCAGGUGAACCAGCAAGGCUGGCCGUCGUGGCUAUUGGCGGUCGCCGGCGACGCGAUCCAGGGAUGGACGCCGCGGCGGGCCAACACUUUCGAGAAGCUUUCAAAGAUUGGGCAAGGGACUUAUAGCAAUGUAUAUAAAGCUAGAGACUUAAUUUCUGGGAAAAUUGUGGCGUUAAAGAAGGUUAGAUUUGAUAACUUGGAGCCGGAGAGUGUGAAAUUCAUGGCCAGAGAGAUUAACGUGCUGCGGAAACUUGACCAUCCCAAUGUGGUUAAGCUUGAAGGUCUAGUCACUUCAAGAAUGUCAUGUAGUCUCUACUUGGUUUUCGAGUACAUGGAGCAUGAUCUCUCCGGCCUAGCCGCCUCCACGGGGAUCAAGUUCACCGAGUCUCAGGUCAAGUGCUAUAUGAAACAGUUGCUGUCUGGCCUUGAACAUUGCCAUAACCACGGAGUCUUGCACCGUGAUAUCAAGGGGUCUAAUCUACUAAUUGACAAUGAAGGAGUUCUGAAAAUAGCUGAUUUUGGAUUGGCUACAUUUUUUGAUCCUCAACAGAAGCAACCCUUGACUAGUCGGGUUGUUACUCUCUGGUACCGCCCCCCUGAGCUUCUUCUUGGGGCCACUUUUUACGGAGUUGGUGUUGACCUUUGGAGUGCUGGCUGCAUUUUGGCAGAGUUGCUUUCCGGGAAGCCUAUUAUGCCAGGACGGACAGAGGUUGAACAACUGCAUAAGAUAUUCAAGUUAUGUGGGUCCCCAUCUGAGGAUUACUGGAAAAAAUACAAAUUGCCAAAUGCAACACUUUUUAAACCACAGCAGCCAUACAAACGCUGCUUGGCAGAAACGUUCAAGGACUUCCCACCUUCUUCCCUACCUUUAAUUGAGUCUCUUCUCUCAAUAGACUCUGAAGGACGAGGCACUGCCACUGCUGCUUUAAAUAGUGAAUUCUUUACUACUGAGCCUUUUGCUUGUGAGCCAUCAAGUUUACCAAAAUAUCCUCCCAGCAAGGAAAUGGAUGUAAAGUUACGAGAUGCAGAAUCUAGAAGGCAAAGAGGUCUAAGUGGGAAGACCAAUGCUGAUGGUCCAAAAAAAGUCAAAGCUCGUGACCGAGCUGGUCGAGCAAUUCCAGUUCCAGAAGCUAAUGCAGAGAAUCAAGGAAACUUAGACAGGUGGAGAGCUAUGACACAAACAAACACCAAGAGCAAGAGUGAGAAAUUCCCACCCCCACAUCAAGAUGGAGCUGUUGGAUACCCCCAAGAAGCAUCACAUAAAGGCCCUCUAUCAUUUGUCACAAGCGAUGCUUCAUUCGGAUCAGUGGUUUUCAACACAAAGUCUUCAGGAUCUGUUAAAAGCAUGGGAGCGGCUGGGGGGUCUUCAAGGCGGAGGAAAAACAACAGAGAAAACCCUACGAGGGCUCCUUCCCGGAAAUUCAUCCAGGCGUUCAAGCCCUCCUCGAUAGGGCUAUCAAUGAAUCUAUUAUUUAGCCGUAGUAAAUAAUCAAUUCCUGAGGGUUUUUGAAAGCUGAAAGUAGAGAAUGCAUAAUUUAUGUCAUUUUUUCCCCUCGAAUUAGGGUUUUUUCUCUGUCAAGCUCAGCUUGGUUUUUGAAUACAUUUUUUUUUCCCUUAGUUGUUCCAUUGGUUGUAAUAUAACACUUUGUAUAACUGUUCUGUUGUAAAAUCCACAGUACAAUAGAACCUCCCAGGACGCUUGGUGAAGUGGAGUUCCACUUAUCUUGUACAGUAAUUUGAAGAAAAAGCGUCCUUAUGACACUGCCCCAUUCAAAUGGGUGUUCCUCAAGCAAAUAUUUAUACUUUUUCUUCGAGUAAAUAUUAGGAUUGAGAUAUUUGAACGAUA